AUGGAAUUUGGGAAACUCUUGGAUCCCCCGUCAGACACAAUCAGCACUCCGGAAAACCACAAAAAACCCCAUGAAUGCUCAGAGUGUGGGAAAUCCUUUUCUCGCAAAUCAGUGCUUUUUACCCACAUGAAGAUCCAUGUGGGAAGUGGAUCCAGUCAAGGUUUGGAGGGAAUAAAAUCGUACAAAUGCUUUGAGUGUGGGAAAUGUUUCACCCAGAGUUCAGGUCUUCGGACUCAUGAGAAAAUGCACAGAGGGGAGAAAAAGGAAAAGUGCCUCGAAUGCGGGAAAUGUUUUUCCCAGAAAUCAAACCUGAUGCGACAUCAGAGACGUCACACCGGAGACAGACCCUAUGAAUGCCCAGAAUGUGAGAAACGAUUUACGUUUUCUUAUGAACUUCAGAGACACGAGGAGUGGCACAAAGGAGAGUUACGCUAUAAAUGUGGGGAGUGUGGGAAAAGUUUUAGUUUCCUUGGAGGGCUUCAGAAUCAUCAGAGAAUCCACACAGGGGAAAAACCAUACAAAUGUGGGGAGUGUGGGAAAUGUUUUUCACAAAAACAACACCUUGGAACGCAUCAGAGGCUCCACACAGGAGAGAAGCCAUACAGAUGCGUAGAAUGUGGAAAGUGUUUUACUCAAAAGGGAGACCUUUGGACACAUCAU